AUGGAUGAUCUAGAUGCACAUGAAGAAGUUUAUCCAUUAUCCAGAUAUUCACCUGAAACUCAACUGAAAAUAAAAAUAGCUCUGUUUAUUCGAGAUGCAUAUAUGAAUAAAACAAAUAACAAUGCUUUACUUAAUCUAAUUCGAGGAAUAUCCGCAAAAGAAAUUCCAAAUAAUUGUGAUAAACUUUGGAAUGAUUUAAAUGUAAAAUUUUUAUAUAAAACAAUAAUCUAUUGUUCAUCAUGUUCUAAAAAAUUACAACAUAUCAAACAAAGAUGUUCCAAUAAUGAAUGUCAAAAUCAAAUGCGUAAAAUUAAUUCAGAAUUAAUAUUAUUUGAUGUUGCUAAUGAAAUUCGUUCAAUUACUAUUAAAAAUUAUCAUCUUAUAAAAUGGUAUCAAGAAAAUCCUGAAAAUGGUCUACCAUAUGACAUUUUAUUUGGGAAUUUUUAUCGAACUAAAUCCUCGAAAAAUUGCUUAAGUUUAAUGUUAUCAACAGAUAGUAAACCAUUAACUAUAUCAACUAAUUCCUCUAUUUGA